UUGUUUUUACGCAGUGCGAUUGAGGAGUGGUUUGCAGAUGCAUCGAAAGACGGCGCCGAAGGCGAGACCGAGGCACAGCGCCGGCAGAAAGAACUCAUUGCCGAGCAGCAGUCCAAUCUGUCCGCGAAAAUCAAUGACUGCAUGGAAAAGGCUGAAGCCUUGGGGGCGUUGGGUAAAGUGGACGAAGCGAAGGAGCAGGUGCGACAGGCGGAUAAAUUCAAACAGGAACGCGCUGCACUCGAUCGACUGCUGGCACAGUCCGCCAAUCCCACAAGCCAUAUCGAAGAUCUGGCCAAUCAGCUUACCAAGCCAAUGGAAGUUUGUCAGGUUUGUGGUUGUUUUAUGCUUGUAAAUGAUGUACAACAGCGGAUUGAUGAUCAUUACGCCGGCAAGCAGCAUAUGGCCUAUGCAAGAAUCCGCGCCACCAUUGAGGAGAUGGAUCGAAAACGUGAAGAGAGACGCAAGCAUCGUUACAUAUGCCGUCGAUAUCAUCCUUAUUUGUUAAAGGCACUGGAAAAAGAGCGUGAAGAGAAGGAAAGGAAAGAUCGUGAAAAGAAAGAGAGAGACGAAAGGGACCGACGAGACGAGAGGGAUCGGGAAAGAGAACGAGAAAGAGAUAGGGACCGAGAUCGGGAACGUGACCGGGACCGGGAUCGAGACCGAAAACGCGAUGACAGAGACCGCGGGUGUGUACUCUAA